UCCUUUCGGCUCCCGCCCCGCUCCGCCAUCAUGAAGUCCUGAACAAAAAAAAAAAAAAGACGGAUGGGAGUAAAGCAAAAUGGGGAUAUAACACUGACUGGAGAUGAAAUUCACCGACAACACUAACGAAAUGACAGCACACAGCGGCGCAGGGAGCGGACCUGUGUAAAUUAAUGCACCAGUGUCCCAUUGAAAACGUCCCGGGCAGCUCCUGGCGUUACGUUAUAUAGUUAGCGGCGUUGCUAACAGCAGCCAGAGCUAGCCGCUGAUUUUCUCUGGCUCUCUGCUGGUUAGCUGCCUGGCUCGUUUAGCUGGCAGCCGUCAGUCAGCUUGCUGUCACUGUAAUUGACUGGCACUUCCCUCAUGUCAAGUCUUGCAGACACACUAGCUGUCCAGUUGAGUUGGGAGCAUCAGGAUGGAGAGCCAUUUGAGUAAAAGCAUCGACAGGCAGAAUGUGGUUUGUUCGUGUUGAAUAGACACCAGUGUCGAGGAAAGGGGAGUGAGACCAAUAAUUUCCAGCCAGGCCAGUCGGCUAGCUUCAGGGCUAGCUACAGUGGAUCCCAAAAGCCACGGCGCUGGCCAUGCCAUCGAGUGUGCGGGCCGGGAGCCUGAAGGACCCGGAGGUGGCUGAGCUGUUCUUCAGGGAGGAUCCUGAGAAGCUCUUCACAGACCUGAGGGAGAUCGGACAUGGAAGCUUCGGAGCGGUCUACUUCGCUCAUGACAUCCGCACCAAUGAGGUGGUGGCCAUCAAGAAGAUGUCCUAUGGCGGCAAACAGUCCAAUGAGAAAUGGCAGGAUAUCAUCAAGGAAGUCAAGUUCCUCCAGAAGCUGCGCCACCCAAACACAGUGGAGUACCGGGGCUGCUACCUGAGAGAGCACACAGCAUGGCUGGUGAUGGAGUACUGCUUGGGCUCAGCUUCAGACCUCUUAGAAGUCCACAAGAAACCCCUGCAGGAAGUGGAAAUAGCGGCUAUAACCCAUGGUGCACUGCAGGGAUUGGUGUAUCUUCACUCUCACAACAUGAUUCACAGGGACGUGAAGGCAGGAAACAUUUUGCUAACAGAGCCAGGUCAGGUCAAACUGGGAGAUUUUGGCUCCGCCUCCAUCGUUGCUCCAGCCAAUUCCUUUGUGGGAACACCUUACUGGAUGGCCCCUGAGGUGAUCCUGGCUAUGGAUGAGGGUCAGUACGAUGGCAAGGUGGAUGUGUGGUCACUUGGCAUUACCUGCAUAGAGCUGGCGGAAAGGAAGCCUCCUCUGUUCAACAUGAAUGCUAUGAGUGCCUUAUACCACAUCGCCCAGAAUGAGAGCCCCGUGCUGCAGUCCAAUCACUGGUCCGAUUAUUUCCGCAAUUUUGUGGACUCCUGUUUGCAGAAGAUCGCCCAGGACAGACCUACCUCUGACGUGCUGCUCAAGCACCAUUUCCUAUGCAGAGAGCGUCCCAUGACAGCUGUGAUGGACCUGAUCGCCCGCACUAAGGAUGCUGUCCGCGAGUUGGACAACCUGCAGUACCGGAAGAUGAAGAAAAUCCUCUUUCAUGAGGCACACAACGGUCCAGCACCAGAAGGAGGGGAAGAGGAAGAGGAUGUGGAGCAGUACAUGCUGCGCACCGGCACAGUCAACAGCAUGGAGAGCUCCCACUCUCUGCCUUCCAUGUCCAUCAGCGCCAGCUCCCAGAGCAGCUCCGUCAACAGCCUGGCAGACGGCUCCGACGACAGCGGGGAGAUGGCCAUGAUGCAGGAGGGCGAGCACACAGUCACCUCCAACAGCUCUGUCCUGCACAAGCCCCUGAGCCAUGACAACAUCUAUGAUGAUCCCUAUCAGCCAGAGGUCGAGUUACAUCGAGAGGCCUCAUCUGCUGCUGGUGGUGGUGGAGGAGGUGGAGAAAGGAGACGUCGUCGAGGCAGAGACCAUUUUGCCACCAUCAGGACAGCCUCACUCGUCACUCGUCAGAUCCAGGAACAUGAGCAGGGCUCGGCUCUGAGAGAACAGAUGUCUGGGUAUAAGCGAAUGCGGCGGCAGCACCAGAAGCAGCUGAUGGGCCUGGAGAACAAGCUGAAGGGAGAGAUGGACGAGCACCAGCUGAGACUGGACAAAGAGCUAGAGAACCAGAGGAACAGCUUCUCCAUGGAGGGAGAAAAACUGUCCAAGAAACACCAGGUCAUCCUGGAGAAGGAGACAAAGGCGGUCUUAACUGAGGAGAAGAAGUUCCAGCAGCACAUUCUGGCCCAGCAGAAGAAGGAGCUGACCAGUCUGCUAGAGUCCCAGAAACGACAGUAUCGCCAACGCAAGGAGCAGCUCAAAGAGGAACUGAAUGAGAACCAGUCGACACCAAAGCGGGAGAAACAGGAGUGGUUGGUGCACCAGAAGGAGUGUCUGCAGCAGCUGCAGGCGGAGGAAGAGGCGGGCUUGCUGCGGAGGCAGAGGCAGUACUAUGAGCUGCAGUGUCGCCAGUACAAGAGGAAGAUGCUGCUGGCACGCCACAACCUGGAGCAGGACCUGCUCCGAGAGGAGCUGAACAAGAAGCAGACCCUGAAGGACCUAGAGUGCGCCAUGCUGCUGCGUCACCACGAGUCCACCCAGGAGUUGGAGUUCCGCCAGUUGGGUCUGGUGCAGCACACACGGGCCGAGCUGAUCCGCACGCAGCACCAGACGGAGCUCACCAACCAAAUGGAGUACAACAAGAGGCGCGAGCAGGAGCUGCGUCAGAAACACGCCGUGGAGGUCCGCCAGCAGCCCAAGAGCCUCAAAUCCAAAGAGCUGCAGAUAAAGCGUCAGUUCCAGGACACGUGUAAGAUCCAGACCCGUCAGUACAAGGCUCUGAGGAACCACCUACUGGAGAACACGCCCAAAUCGGACCACAAGGCCGUGCUGAAGCGUCUGAAGGAUGAGCAGACCCGUAAGCUGGCCAUCCUGGCAGAGCAGUAUGACCACUCCAUCAAUGACAUGCUGUCCACACAGGCUCUGCGAUUGGAUGAGACUCAGGAGGCGGAGUACAAGGUGCUCCGGAUGCAGCUGCAGCAGGAGCUGGAGCUGCUCAACGCCUACCAGAGCAAGAUCAAGAUCCACACAGACACGCAGCACGAGCGGGAGGUCAAGGACCUGGAGCAGAGGGUGUCCAUCCGCCGUGCGCUGCUGGAGCAGAGGAUCGAGGAGGAGAUGCUGUCUCUGCAGAAUGAGCGCUCUGAACGUAUCCGCACCCUCCUGGAGCGACAGGCCAGUGAGAUCGAGUCCUUCGACUCCGAGAGUUUGCGUCUUGGCUUCAGUAAUAUGGCUCUGUCGGGCAUCCCAAGCGAGGCCUACCCCAUGCAGGGGUACUCCAACGUCCCACCCCCUGUCUCCCGCUCCGCUGGACACUGGAGCCAUGGCCUGCACCCGCAGAUGGCUCCCCCCCAGCAACACUCCCGCCGCAGCCACAACAGCAGCAGCAGCAGCGGCAUCAGCAGUGGUAGCGGAGCCAGCGACCGCCGCAGCGAGUCUUCAUCCUCCUCCCACGCUCUUGGACUGGCUCUGGGUCUGGGGCGAGACAGCCGGGAGAUGCACCACUCGUCCCGCUCCUCCGCCUCCUCUUCUUCUUCCUCCUCCUCCUCUUCCAGCCACCACCAGCGCCACCACCUGCCCCAGCACUACCACCACCAGAGCACACCGCAGCUGUACCGGGAGCGCGAGAGGGAUCGGGACCGCGAUAGGGAGCGGGAGAAGGAGAGGGAGCGGGAGUGGGCUGGAGUGCGAGGCUCCGGCGGCGACCUGGCCCACCCACACCCCCUGCCCUUCUCCCAUCACCUGCCCUCACGCUCCUCCUCCCAGUCCCUGGCCAUGCUACCUCCCCCGCCACCUGCUCCUCCAUCCAUCUCCGGCCCGUCCUCCUCCUCCUCUUCCUCCUCCUCCUCACAGGGGGGGAUCUACAGCGGCGCUGGGCUCGGUGUACGCGGUGCCCCGAGCCUGAUGGCCCUGAGGAACAGCCCCCAGCCUCUGAGGAGGACGGCUUCUGGCGGUGGGCCCGGAGGAGCUGGGGGCAGCGACGGCGUCUUGAGCAGAAGUACCUCAGUCACUUCACACAUCUCCAACGGCUCCCACAUCUCCUACUCGUAGAUGAGAGGAGGAGGGCAGCACAGAGGGAGGUGAUUUAGGAAGGUAGCUAUCACAGGCUGCAUCUCAACACUCUCAGCUUCACACCUCAACUUGUGCCCUUUUAAUGGGGCUGACCUUGACUGUAAGAUUAGCUGAAAUGUAAAGGAUUCGGGGUCAACGAGAGAGGUUGAACUGACAGUUUUGAGCUGCACCCUGCUUCUUCAGACUCAGGGUGGCUUGAGAGGUUUUCUCCCAUUCUCACAGGUGUAAGCAUAGUAGGGAGGAAUGUAACCACCUGUGAAACCACCAGAUUUAGGUGAUCUCAGAUGUU